UUCCUGUUUACAGUGCAGCCUUGUUAACGACUGCUGUGCUGAGACAAGCCGACAUAAACCUUGUUUUCACGGUUGAUUUAGAUGUAGUUUCAUUCAACAUCUUUUAGGAUGAUUCCCUUCACAGUAAAUAUCAAACUGUCACCACGGACACUGACUGGAGCGUUGAAUAUUCAGAAUAAAACAGCCGUGGAUUGGGGAUGGCAAGGACUCAUUGCUCAAGGCUGUCACUCAGUUGUACUGGUCAUUGAUCCCGUAACAGCACAGACGAUACAGGCUCUCGAGAGGCAUAAAGCUAAUGUUGUCAAGGUUAAAUGGGCCAGAGAGAACUAUCAUCAUGAUACUGGGUCUCCAUAUUCCCUGCGGCUGGCCUCCGCGGAUGUGUCGGGAAAGAUAAUUGUGUGGGAUGUGAUGGCAGGAACAGCUCGCUGUGAGAUACAGGAGUACAGCAAACCCAUUCAAGAUAUGGAGUGGAUGUGGAACCAGGAUGCGUCCCGGGACCUGCUGCUGGCAGUGCACCCCCCAAACUACAUUGUCCUCUGGAACGCAGACACAGGGACCAAACUCUGGAAGAAGAGCUAUGCUGAAAACAUCCUGUCCUUCUCCUUUGAUCCUUUUGACCCUUCAAAUUUAGCACUGUUGACCAGCGAGGGAAUAGUGUUCAUCUCUGACUUCUCCCACUCCAAAGCCCCGGGCAGCACUGGGAAGAAAGUGUACAUCUCCAGCCCCUUCUCCAGCCCAGUCCACAGCAAACCCACCCCCACCACCGGGGCGAAGAAGGCUCUCAACAAGGUCAAAGUGCUGAUCACUAAUGAAAAACCAAGUGCUGAAUCUGUGACACUAAACGACUGCCUCCAGCUGUCAUACCUGCCUUCCAAACGGAACCACAUGUUGCUGCUGUACCCCAGAGAGAUCCUCAUACUGGACCUGGAAGUGAGCCAAACAGUGGGCGUGGUGGCUAUUGAGAGGACUGGGAUACCCUUCAUUCAGGUUAUUCCAUGUCGACAAAGGGAUACUCUCUUUUGUCUGCAUGAAAAUGGUUGCAUAACUCUGAGGGUCCGGAGAUCCAACUGCAGUGCUGUCAAAGAACCAGAUCCAGACCAGUCUGUUCAAGAGCUGGCCUAUGAUCUCCGCUGUCAGUGUGAUGCAAUGCGGGUAACGAAGACCGUGCGUCCCUAUAGAAUGGUGUGCUCCCCUGUUAGUGAGAACUCGGCUGCCCUCAUCAUCAGCGACGGGAGGGUGAUGAUGUGGGAGCUGAAGGCUUACGCUACUCGGUCCGACAUACAGUACAGAAACAGCUCAGGAGUCUCUCCUCUGUACUCUCCAGUCUCUUUCUGUGGAGUGCCUCUGAGACUGCACCAGAGGAGGAUACCUGAUCUUUCACUAGACAGCAUGAUAGGACAAAGCAUGAUUGCUGGGGAGGAGCCCCCGAAAGCACCCCUGCAGCAGGAGGUCCAGCUCAAAUUCCUCCUCACCGGGCUGCUCUCUGGGCUGCCCCUGCCUCCCUUCGUCAUCCGAAUGUGCCCCCCCCUCACCACCAAGAACAUCAACCAAUAUCAACCUCUGCUGGCAGUCGGUACUAGCAAUGGAUCGGUGCUGGUCUACCAUCUGACCAGCGGAUUGCUGCACAAGGAGUUAAGCAUCCAUUCCUGUGAAGUAAAGGGUAUCGAGUGGGCAAAUUUGACUAGCUUUCUUUCUUUUGCCACGUCGACACCAAAUAACCAAGGCUUGGUCAGAAACGAACUGCAGCUGGUGAACCUCCCAACAGGCAGAAGCUUGGCAUUCCGUGGCGAGCUAGGCAAUGAUGAGACGCCAAUCGAAAUGAUUAAAGUGUCUCAUUUGAAACAGUACUUGGUGGUUGUUUUCAAAGACAAGCCAUUGGAACUGUGGGAUAUCAGAACAUGCACUCUGCUCCGAGAGAUGGCCAAGAACUUCCCGGUAGUUACAGCUCUGGAAUGGUCUCCAUCCCAUAACUUAAAGAGCAUGAAGAAGAAGCAGCUGGCAGCGCGAGAAGCAAUUGCCAGGCAGACUGUUUCUGACACAGAAGUCUGCAGUGUGGAGUCUUCUGUCAUCAGCUUGGUGCAGGAAGCAGAAAGCAGAUCUGGGCUGAGUCAGAGCAUCUCUGCGCGAGAGCACUUUGUCUUCACGGACAUGGACGGGCAGGUCUAUCAUCUCACUGUGGAGGGGAACUCUGUGAAGGACGGGGCUAGGAUUCCCCCUGAUGGAAGUAUGGGAAGCAUUGCUUGUAUUGCCUGGAAAGGAGACACCUUGGUUCUUGGGGAUGUUGAUGGCAACUUGAACUUUUGGGAUUUAAAAGCCAGGCUUUCAAGAGGGAUACCUACGCAUCGUGGCUGGGUUAAGAAGAUCCGAUUUGCACCUGGAAAAGGCAACCAGAAACUGCUGGUUAUGUUUAAUGAUGGUGCUGAAGUGUGGGAUACAAAAGAGGUGCAGAUGGUGAGCAGUUUAAGAAGUGGGCGGAAUGUAAACUACAAGGUCUUGGAUGUAGACUGGUGCACCUCUGAUAAAGUUGUCCUGGCUUCUGAUGAUGGGUGUAUUCGAGUUCUCGAAAUGGCCAUGAAGUCAGCCAGCUACAGAGUGGAUGAACAGGAGCUGACAGAUCCAGUGUGGUGUCCUUAUCUGCUUCUGCCGAGAGCCUCCCUGGCAUUGAAGGCAUUUUUGAUCCAUCAGCCCUGGAACGGUUCAUACACCCUGGACGUUGCCCAAAUUAAUUACACAGAAAAGGAGGAUAUUAAAAGCCUAAUUCAAGAGCAGCUUAACUCCCUGUCCAAUGACAUCAAGAGCAUUUUUCUGGAUCCAGAGUUUAGUUUGCUGCAGAGAAGCUUGUUAGUUUCAAGGCUGUAUGGGGAUGAGUCUGACCUGCAGUUCUGGAUGGUUGCAGCCCAUUAUCUGCACAAGUUUUCUCAGGGAGAGCAGCUCAGCGAGCCAGCUGCUGCUGGGGCUGCCGCAGCACAGGAGAAGCCAGAGAACCACCUCGACAUCUGCUAUGACACACUGUGCGAGAAUGCAUACUUCCAGAAAUUCCAGCUUGAAAGAGUUCACUUGCAGGAAGUGAAGAGGUCAAACUACGAUCACACCAAGAAAUGUGCUGACCAGCUCCUUCUGCUGGGACAGACUGACCGGGCAGUGCAGUUGCUGCUGGAAACAAAUGCUGAGAACACCAGCUAUUACUGCGAUUCACUAAAAGCCUGUCUGGUGACAACUAUUACCUCCUCUGGACCUUCACAGAGCACCAUCAAACUUGUAGCCACAAAUAUGAUAGCUAAUGGGAAACUGGCAGAGGGUGUGCAGCUGCUGUGCCUGAUAGAUAAAGCUGCUGAUGCCUGUCGCUAUCUACAAACAUAUGGGGAAUGGAAUCGGGCAGCCUGGCUCGCAAAGGUGAGACUAAACUCUACAGAGUGUUCAGAGGUUUUGAAACGAUGGGUAGAUCAUCUGUGUUCACCGCAAAUCAACCAGAAGUCAAAAGCCAUUUUGGUUCUUCUUUCAUUGGGAUGUUUCCUGAAAGUCGUGGAAAUACUACACAGCAUGCGGUACUUUGAUAGAACUGCACUGUUCGUUGAAGUCUGUCUGAAGCACGGAGUAAUUGAAGUCAAUGACAACACAAAUAAACUCAUCAGCUCUGUGUUUGCUGAUUAUGCACGGACCUUAAAGGCGCUGGGGCUGAAACAGGGAGCUGUCCUGUUUGCCUCUAAAGCUGGGGCUGGCGGUACAGACCUGCUGAACGAGCUCACAGAAAUUAGAGGAGCCAGCGGAGGAGAAGAGGAGCAGUGAUGAUCACUAGCACUGAAACAGUACCACCGUAGUAACACCUUCAAUACAGAGAAUCUUUAUAUUUUACACUGUACUGUACCCUAUCUCCUCCCCACACACAAGACACAAUGUUUGAUUGUCCUGUCUGAUACAUAUGUUCACAAACAUGUUCAUCAUACAUGUGUGGUACAUUUUUAAAGCUAUGAACAAAAGACAGCUGUACCAGUUGUACAAGUACUAGAUUGCUUUGUACAAUUAUGUAAAGGGGAAUGAGACCACAAGGGGGGUAUGUAAUGAUUAUGAAUUGAACUGCACACUGCCAUAUUUUACAGUCUGCUGUGUGGGAGUGAUCACAGAACCAUGUUUCAGUUUGUUCACAAUGGUACACAAGCUUGUUUGUAAACAUGGUCAAGAUUGUUAGCUCUUGGUAUAGAAAAAAGGUGCAAAAAAGCAAUCAUAUUCACAUAUUCUUGA